AAGACAGUGACAAGGAAGUGUGUGUGUGUGUGUGUGUGUUCGCCUCCCUCUCUCUUCAUUUCCUGAAUCCUGCUCCUCUGAUUCUCGGCGUCAUGACAGAGAAACAUCUCGAGUGAAAAACUGGAAAAAUGAAGCGAAGCCAAGCUCAGCUCCUCCGCCUCGUGUUCUGACGACCACCACCAAUGGGCUGAAGGCACAGCCAUGAGUGAAGAGCUGCUAUUGGAGGGGAUCCUCAUCAAGCGUUCCCAGCAGAAGAAGAGGACGUCGCCGCUGAACUACAAGGAGCGGCUGUUUGUCCUCACGAAGAGCACGUUGGCGUACUACGAUGGAAAACAAGAGAAGAAGUUCAGGAGAGGGUCAAUUGAGCUGAGCAGCAUCAGAUGUGUGGAGAUCGUCAGGAGUGGCGGAGAAAUCAUCCCCUGCCAUAACAAAUACCCUUUUCAGGUGGUGUACAAUACUAGCACACUAUAUGUUUUCGCUCCAAGUCAAGACAGCAGGAGAUUGUGGGUCCAGAGCCUGAAAGAAGAGAUAAAAGACAACCAGAUGAUCUUGACAAAGUUUCACCCCCAGUUCUGGCAGGAGGGGGCGUGGCUUUGCUGUCGGCAGGUUGAUAAACAAGCUCCAGGUUGUGAGGAGUACAACCCGUUUGGAGACAUUUCCAGGAAACCUUUACCCCCGGUGCCUGAACGCAAGGACAAAAGGCAACGACCUAAUCUUCCCCUCCCCCCACCCGCUAAUGUUGAUGAUGAACACGAGGGUGACGAUGAUGAAGAGGUGGUGGUGGCUUUGUACGACUUCCCCGGCACUGAGCCGCACGACCUGAGUCUGGUCAGAGGCGGAGAAUACGUCAUCCUUGAAAAGUGCGAUGUCAACUGGUACAAGGCACGGAACAAGUUUGGUGAGACAGGCUACAUCCCCAGUAACUACGUGACAGAGAAGAAAUCAGGGAACCUGGUGCAGUUUGUUUGGUACAAUAAACACGUUAACAGGAACAAGGCAGAGGAGCUGCUGAAGAAGGAGGACAAAGAAGGUGCCUUCAUUGUCAGAGACUCCAGCACUCCAGGGACCUAUACUGUCUCUCUAUACGCCAAGUCUGCCGCCGGAGAGGGAGGCACGGCGAUAAAACAUUAUCAUAUAAAGAAGAUGCAGGGAUCGCCACCUCGGUUUUACCUGGCUGAGAAACACCUGUUUGGCUCCAUCCCCGAACUGAUCGAGUACCACAAACACAACGCAGCAGGUCUAGUAGCGAGGCUCCGGUAUCCUGUCGGAAAACAGGACAAAUCCGCUCCAUCCACCGCUGGCUUCAGUUACGAGAAGUGGGAGAUCAACCCCAGCGAGCUGACCUUCAUGAAGGAGUUGGGCUGUGGGCAGUUUGGUGUGGUGAGGCUCGGGAAGUGGCGGGCUCAACACAAGGUGGCGAUCAAGAACAUCAGAGAGGGAGCCAUGUAUGAGGAGGACUUUAUCGAGGAGGCCAAGGUCAUGAUGAAACUGUCCCAUCCUAAGCUGGUGCAGCUGUACGGAGUGUGCAGCCAGCAGCGACCAAUCUACAUCAUCACUGAGUUCAUGGAGCAGGGCAGCCUGCUGAACUUCCUCCGGCAGUGGCAGGGCAGCUUCAGCCUGGGGUCCCUUCUGAGCAUUUGUCUGGAUGUCAGUGAGGGAAUGGAGCACCUGGAGGUCAAUGGGUUCAUCCAUAGAGAUCUGGCUGCCAGAAACUGUUUGGUGAACGACACUCUGGUAGUGAAGGUGUCUGACUUCGGCAUGGCCAGGUACGUGUUGGACAACCAGUACACCAGCUCGUCCGGCGCUAAGUUCCCCGUAAAGUGGUCACCCCCCGAAGUCUUUAACUUCUGCAAGUACAGCAGCAUGUCAGACGUCUGGUCCUAUGGUGUGUUGAUGUGGGAGGUUUUCACCGAGGGUCGCAUGCCAUUUGAACAGUACCAGAAUCACGAGGUGGUUACCUUGGUCUCCCAGGGACACCGCCUGUACAGGCCCAAAAUUGUCACACCCUCCAUUUAUGACAUCAUGCAGCGGUGCUGGCAUGAGAGACCAGAAGAGCGUCCGUCAUUCGCUCAGCUCUGCAUCAUGAUCUCCAACUGUUUGGAGGGUGAUGCCCCUCCCCCAAACUGACCACGAUGACUGCCUAUCUCCGCCCCAUGGGUCGCUAUGGUGACCCACUACUCUUGAGGGUGGGAUUGCCUUCUAAUUAGUCGCACAGGAAAAGAAGGCUAACCGUUACACAACAACUCCUCCACUAAUCACAUAUGACUUUUUGAUCACAUGACUUUAACAUACUGUACCUUCACAAUAAAAUACUGUAUAGAAAUAAAAAA